AUGUCGACCACCGAUCUCACAGAACCAGCUGCGCAGGCUGCCGCUGCAGCUGCCGCCGAGGCAGGUCGACAGUUCACGAUCGAGGCGUGGACACUUUAUGGCAUCGGAGUGAUCGUCACGGCCUUGAGGACCUACGCCAGAGCGAAGGCCGUCGGGUUCCGAAAUUUUCGGGCUGAUGACUACCUAGUGUGGGGAGCAGUUCUUUUCUACACUGUCCAGUCGACCCUAGCCUACUCCGUUGGCAACAUAGCUCAUGGACUCGCCAAUAAUGGCAUGACGGACGAAGAGCGAGCAGCACUAUCUACUAGUGAUCCGGAAUAUCAACUGAGAGUCAUCGGAUCGAAGAUUCAGAUUGCUGGAUGGACCACUUAUUCGGCACUUAUCUGGCUGCUGAAGCUUGCGAUGUUGGUCUUCUACCUUCGACUUACGGUACUGCCCCUCUGCAAUCUAAUCCCAUCAUACUCGUCGACUGACACAUGCCGUCUAGGUCGUCGAUAUCGCAUGCGCAUCUGGAUCGGCUUCGGUCUGGUGAUCGGGACAUUCGUCGCCUCUCUUGGAGCAGUAUUCUUGUCGUGCAUUCCAUUCAGCAAGUAUUGGCAAAUCAGCCCGGACCCCGGUAAUUCCUGUCAAGCUGCCGUAUCGUUACCAAUCAUCUGGACCUCUUUCGCUGCGAACGUCUCGACCGAUAUAUAUCUUAUCCUAAUUCCUAUCCCUCUGCUGUGGGAGUCAACAUUGAGGCUCGUCAAGAAGAUUGCAUCAACCAUUGUGCUUGGUGCAGGCAUCUUCGUCCUGGUCUGUGCCACGCUGAAGAGCAUAUUCGUCCUCGUGGAUCCCGUCAACGGUGCCCAACUUGCCGGCACAUGGGGUACUCGCGAAACCUUCGUCGCGGUCGUCACCACCAACCUUCCUAUGAUCUUCCCUCUCAUCAGAACAUAUCUCAAGCCUCUUUGGCCUAAUGUCUUACGAUCAUCCAAAAACACGAAGAAGGCAUACAAAACACCGAGCGGUUUCCGAACCAUUGGUGGCGGCCAUGGGGAUUCCUCGCGCCGGACUGGUCCUCCAAGCGCAAACCCCCCUACAACUUCCCUCUCGCCUAAUUUUUCUUGGCAUCUGCUCCUCUACCGCAUCUGCUCCGAGCGGAUCUGCCACAGGGUCCGUCUUGACAGCCCUUGCAGAAGAAGCUAG